AUGUCAAUGGCUGACGAGAGACCCGGAAGGGCAAUUUACUCGACCGGAAGAGGAGGAGCGGGCAAUCUUAUGAAAUCACCUACUCGAGGUCAAGAUCUGGAUGCUCAACCUGGUGCAGAAAGGGGAAGGGAAUUAUCGCCUCAUCCGAUUGAUGAGAAAAUCACUCACUCCGGACGAGGUGGAGCAGGUAACAUUCACCGAUCGACAUCCCGCUCUCGAACGAGAGAACAAGAGAAGAAAGAUGUCGAAGAAGCAUUAUUACAGGAGAAACUCGUAGCUGAGAGAAGAGGUAGACAGGCCUUCGAAGGUGGUUUCUCAACUGGUAGAGGUGGAGCUGGUAACAUCGAAAGAUCAAAAUCUAGAUCCAGAUCCGCCAUUCGAGGUGGAAGUGCUAGCGUAGCUGGAAAAGAUGAUUCUACGAGUUUGGCACCUACCGUCAGUCACAAGACUGGGGUGCAUGGUACUGGCAGAGGAGGAUUUGGAAAUAUCCAAGAAGAAAGAGAUAAAGGAGAUGCCAAUUCGUUGGAAUUGGAGAAAGAGGAAGCUAGAAAGAAAUAUGAACAAGAUGUUAUUGCUAGACAUCAAGCUGAGGAAGCUAAUCAACCAUACACCAGCGGUAAAGGUGGAGCAGGAAAUCUCCAUUCUCACGAUGCCAAUCACCCUGAUCUGGCGAAUCUGUCCUUGGAGGAAAGAGAGGCUCACGCGAGACUUCAUGCUCAAGAUGGAAAGCACUAUGUCAAUACCGGUAGGGGCGGCGCAGGCAAUAUGAUCCCACCUCACAAGGAACAUUCACCCGCGCCGGACGGUGACAGAGGAAGAGGCAGAAGUGCCGAUGGAAAUAAGCAUGGUGUCUUGGGUAACGUACUGAGAAGUAUCAGUAGGGCGACAGGUAGAGAGAGAAGUGCCGAUGGUAGGAGAAAGGAUUAG